AUGGACAUAAGCUAUCCGAAGAAGUACCAACUCGUGCCUAAAGCAGAGCCUGACGACGACGCCGGCAGCGAUUCUACUGCGACAAAUCGCCGACGACGUCACCUAAGCUCGCUAUUUCUCAAGAGAAACCUCGCUGCAAUCACUAUCAGCAGCCUCCUUCUCAUCCCGAUACUACUAGUCUUCACCAUAAUUGCCAUUCUCACAUUUGAGCCUCUACGUGAAGUCCUCAUUAUCAAAUCAGGCACAUACAAUCCACCAGCUGGAUUGCACGGUCAGUGCCAAAGUCCCCAACGACUCCCCGAACAACCCUCUCCUGUGGAAACUCCACAACAGAAGCUGAAUCCUUAG